UUAUUAUUUCAUGUAUAGGGUAAUUUGUUAUUAGUUGCUUUCUUACUAGAGAAUAACAAUGCAAUUGUAGGAUUAUGCCAUGGAGUUAGAUGAGACACGCAUACGUAAUGCAGCACACUUGAUGGUUGCCAGUUUGGCUGGAAGUUUAACUCAUGUAACUAGCAAGGAACCCUUAUGUGGCUCAAUAUCAAGUCAGCUUAUGAAUUCGCUUCAGGGUUUAAAUAUUGCAAGUGAACUUGAACAAGCUGUGCAACUUGUUACUAAUGAUAACCUUGAUCUGGGUUGUGCAUUGAUUGAACAAGCUGCAACAGAAAAUGUUAGAUUGCUUUCUAUUUUCUUCCACAAGAAUGCAUUUAUGCAUAUAUUUAUUUAUCUAUCCGUUAAUGCAUAUGUUCACUUCAGUACUUUUUAUUCACAUUAUGCUAAAUUGAUAAUGCAUGCAAUAACAGGUAACCGUUUUCACUUCUAAUAUUUGGAAAAGCUGUUUUAGAAGUAUAGAAAACUGAAGAAUACUUUGUUGUUGGAUAAGGUUCUGAAAUGGCCCAUCAUGUUUCUUCCUCAAAUGAAGCUUGCUACACAGGCGAAAAUAUGGCUUAAGAAGUGUGGAUUGAGAGGGAGAGUUGAUCAAUCAUCCCUAGAAACUUAGAAUUCGAGGUGUUAACGCCCAAAAAUCACCAAAUGGUGUCGGAGUUGCAUGAAACUUGGCACACACGACCGUCUAGGCAUGAGAAACUUGUGGGAGAAGACGAGACUCGAAUCGGGU